UGGACAUUUCUCCAUGAACGGUGGCGAUGGACCUCUCAGCUAUGUCAAAAACUCAUCCUACCAGAGAGGAAUAUUGGAAGCUGCAAAGGCAAUCAUUGAAGAAGAAAUCACCACAAAAUUAGACAUUUCAACGAAUAGCUUCUUCUGCAUUGCCGAUUUCGGGUGCUCAACCGGAAACAACUCUUUUCCCGCCAUGCACACGAUCAUCGAAGCCAUCAAAUGGAAAUACGAAUCCUCAGACCUCAAAACCCCAGACUUCUACGUGUGGUUCAACGACGUCGUCUCCAACGACUUCAACACCCUCUUCCGUUCCCUCCCACCCGACAGGAGCUACGAGGUAGCCGCAAUAGCGGGAGACUUCCGCCGCCGCCUUUUCCCGCCGUCGUCCGUCCACUUUGCGUACUCUUCUUGCGCGCUCCACUGGCUGACGGAGGCGCCCAAGGCGGCCGUGGGCCUCAAGUCUUCGGUUUGGAUCGGAGGAGAGAGUGAGGAGGCUUAUGAAGCUUAUGUUAAUCAAUUUGAGAGGGAUUUGGAAGCGUUCUUGAAGUGUAGGGCUGUGGAAAUGGUGGAAGGUGGGAUUAUGGCUCUUUUAAUUGCUGCGGUGCCUACCUAUUGGGACCCACGAAAAGAGUACACUGUUGCAUCGGUAACCGAGCUUCUCAGAUCUUCCCUCCUCGAUCUGGCCGAAAAGGGAAAACUGAGUAAGGCAAAGUUAGAGACAUUCAACCUUCCAUUCCACUUUCCUACCACAGAGGAUGUGAUGGCUAUACUACAAAAGAGCAACAAUUUUACAAUAGAAAGAAUGGAGAUUCUGAAGAAUGGGACAUUGCUCAAUAUCGAUGGCCACGUGGCUUGUUUUAGGGCAGCUUUUCAAAAUAUGUUUACGCAUAAGUUUGGAGCUGAAACCAUCGAUGAAACGUUUGGCCUUUUGAAGAAGAAACUCCAAGCCUCACCAGUUUACGCAAAUCCCUCUAAUGAUAGAUCUGUUGUGGUUGUCGCUAUCCUCCAACGCAACAAUGUUUAGAACAUGACCACCGUUUCAAAAUAAGAGAGAAAAAAG